AUGAAAAGUGCAUCAUCAAAUACAAUUCUUAAUGAUUUAGAGCAGUCUAUUCUUGCUAAACAUUUACCUCAUGAAACACUUUAUUAUUUUGGAAGUGAUGGCACUAGUGUUAAUUUAGGACAUGUAAAUGGAAUAGCAACACAAUUAAAAACUCGUUUUCCAUUUCUUACUGAACAUUAUUGUAUAAGUCAUCGCUUAGCACUUGCUUCUAAAGAUGCUGCAGAGCAAACUCCAUACUUUGAAACUUAUGAUAAAAUUAUUCGUCAACUUUAUAGCUAUUUUAAUAUUUUACAAGUUAUUAAAACCCAAUGGCUUUCAUUAAGCAAUGUUGUUAAUAAUCUUUAUCAAAUUAUUAAUUUAGUAAUUAGUGCUCUAUUAGAGAAUACAACUAAAAGCCAAAAAACUGCACAACAACUUUAUAAUAGUAUCGAUCAAGACUUUUUAAUUGCAACUCAUUUUUUAGCUGAUAUUCUUUCACAACUUCAUUGUCUAUCUUUAGUUUUUCAAGCUGAUUAUGUUUCAGUCUCAGAAGUUACAAUGCAAGUAAAUGCAGUUAUUGAAUCUAUUACAGCUGAUUUUAUUGGUAAAGCAAAUAUACAACCUACUUUUGGGACUAUACUAUUACGGUUUAUGAAUCAGCAAAAUAUUUUACCUCAUGAUCUUCCUUUAUUUCUUCGCUUUCCAGAUCAUAAACUUAUAUCUUUAUUUAAAAUUUUUGAUCCAAAACAAUUACCUACUAAUCAUUGUUUAAUUUUAACUUAUGGAAAUUAUGAAAUUACUGAAAUUGGAAAUUUUUAUGGAACUUCUAAAAAAACUACAGAACACGAUUAUCAAAAAAUUAUUGAUGCAGACAAUCUUUCACAAGAAUGGCGAAUUAUCCGAUCAAUUCUCUCUAAUUAUUGUAAUUUACAUAUUACUGAUGCAUG